AUGCAGGACGCCCGGACUGCUCGCAAAGCUGAGGAGAUCCAAGGCUACGCGGACCGCAACGAAUGGAAGAACUUCUUCUCUGCGAUCAAAGCUGUCUACGGUCCGCCGACGAAGGGCACUGCUCCUCUCCUCAGCGCCGACGGUAGCACUCUCCUGACUGAGAAGACGCAAAUCCUACAGCGAUGGGCCGAGCAUUUCCAAGGCGUCCUCAAUCGCCCCUUCACCAUCUCCGACGCCGCCAUCCACCGCCUGCCACAAGUGGAGACCAACGUGGACCUCGACCUCCCGCCAUCUCUCCAGGAAACCAUCAGGGCCGUGCAGCAGCUCUCCAGCGGGAAGGCACCCGGAUCGGACGCAAUUCCUGCUGAGGUCUACAAGCAUGGAGGUCCCCAACUCAUGGACCACCUCGAUGCGCUCUUCCAGGAGAUGUGGCGUCAAGUUGAAGUCCCGCAAGAUUUCAAGGACGCAACCAUCGUGCAUCUGUACAAGCAAAAAGGGAGCCGCCAAAUCUGCGACAAUCACCAUGGAAUCUCCUUGCUGAACAUCGCCGGGAAGAUCUUCGCCCGCAUCCUCCUCAAGCGUCUGAAUAAUCAUCUGGAACAGGGCCUUCUGCCGGAAAGCCAAUGCGGCUUCCGUCGUCAUCGUGGGACUACGGAUAUGAUAUUCGCCGCCCGUCAACUUCAGGAGAAGUGUCAGGAGAUGCGGACCCACCUGUACUCUACCUUCGUUGACCUGACGAAAGCUUUCGACACGGUGAAUCGUGAAGGACUGUGGAAGAUCAUGCAGAAAUUCGGCUGUCCGGAGCGAUUAACUCAGAUGGUGCGCCAGCUGCACGACGGUAUGAUGGCGCGAGUCACGGCCAACGGUGCUGUCUCAGAGGCAUUCGCAGUGACCAACGGAGUGAAACAGGGAUGCGUGCUGGCACCAACCCUCGUCAGCCUUAUGUUCUCUGCCAUGCUGAUGGACGCCUACCGCGACGAAGGCCCGGAGAUCCGAAUCGCCUACAGGACGGACGGUCACCUUCUGGAUCAACGACGGAUGCACUUCCAAUCGCGCGUAUCCACAACCACCGUUCACGAACUUCUCUUCGCCGACGACUGCGCCCUGAACACCACCUCGGAAGAGGAGAUGCAACGCAGCAUGGACCUGUUCUCCGCCGCCUGCGAGAACUUCGGUCUGGUCAUUAACACGCAGAAGACGGUGGUGAUGCACUAA